UUUUUUCACGAAUAGCUGCUGAGUCAGCCACACCCUCUCCCUCCUCUUCAUCUUCUGCAGUUCCCCCCACCUCCCAGUCUCCCCUCUCUCUCUCCUCUACCACUGCCACCACUACUACCAACACCUCUGGGCAAGUAGUGCUGCCUGACCUGAUAAAACUAUCAACAUCCCAGGGAGAUAUCAGAAUAUUGAAAGAGAGUGCGGCAAAAUACACACAAAUUGGAACCUUAUUGCUGAAGGAUGAUACCGGGGCAAUAGUCAAUGCAAUGGAACAGAGCGACCGAGUUGCAACAGUUGAAAGUAUAUACACGCAAUGGAUACAAGAAGAUGAAGAUCACUCAUGGGAGAAACUGAUCCAGUGUUUGAGAGAUGUUCAACUGAACUCUCUUGCCAGAGACCUUGAGCUGCACUUUAGACUCACUUCACCUUCUGACAGAGGAAAUCAAGGCAGAAGCACACAAGAAGCUGUGACUGGACAAGGAGGUGAUGUGAGAAAGAGAAGAAAUGUAAAAGAGCAGGAAUCACAACCAAACCGAAAUGAUGAUGAUAGAAUUACAUCCAGUGAGACUACUUCACAUUCACAAAGUGCACUCGGGCAAGGCUGUUUGGGGAAACUGGUGAUAACCAUUCUGAUCUCUGUGGCAGUCGGACUUCUUUACUUCUUUUUGUCUUAGUCUGUUAUGUAGUGCAUUAGCAUGGAUUGUCACAACCUCUUUCUGUACUUCUCUCCCUGUGUAUGUGUAAGCAGGCAGCACAUGUAUAUCACAUUUCCUUCUCACUCUGACUGUGUCUGACGUGCAUGUUAGAGAAGACGUGAACAUUAUACCACCAACCACCACUGUCUGUUUUCUCCUUACCAUCCAGCAUUAACUGCACACAACACAAAGGCUCCACUCCAUUCCAUUCUCAUUUCCCGUUCUCAAUCUCUGAAACAUUCAUCACCAAUUCCUCUGUUCAAUUAUUCAGCGUGCGCGUGCCCUCACUACUGCAUGCGCGUAAAUAAGUUUAUAGUCGCUACGUGUUUGCACGUGGAGCAGUGAGCAAACCUUCAUCGUCGGUCCAGCAGUGAUAGAAAGUUAUCUCUCUCCUCUGGCCUCGUCUCCAUGUCCUCCUCGUCAACCGCUAGUGGAGACGACGGCUCCAGACGACAGCUGAGUGUCGCUAGAAUCUUCUCAGACGAGAAUGGAGAGACCCACUUCGGAUCUUUCACCAUCUCCAUGACUGGCUCUGG